UCACGGCAACCCCCGCCUCCCCCCUCCCCCCGGGGUUGGGGGGGCCGGAGCAGAGAGCGCCCAGCCCGGGAGGUGGAUGAAUGUGGGAGAAAAUGGAGACCAAGACGAUCGUGUACGACUUGGACACGUCGGGGGGGCUGAUGGAGCAAAUCCAAGCUCUGCUGGCUCCCCCCAAGACGGACGAGGCAGAAAAGCGGAGUCGGAAGCCUGAAAAAGAGCCCCGGAGAAGCGGCAGGGCCACCAACCACGACAGCUGCGAUAGCUGCAAAGAAGGUGGGGAUCUCCUGUGCUGUGACCACUGCCCGGCCGCCUUCCACCUCCAGUGCUGUAACCCUCCACUGAGUGAAGAGAUGCUGCCUCCCGGGGAGUGGAUGUGUCACCGGUGCACUGUGCGCCGAAAGAAACGAGAGCAGAAAAAGGAGCUGGGCCACGUCAAUGGACUGGUGGACAAAUCUGGCAAACGGACUACAUCCCCCAGCAGUGAUACUGAUUUGUUGGACAGAUCAGCCAGCAAAACUGAACUCAAGGCCAUUGCUCAUGCCCGGAUCCUGGAGAGGAGAGCCAGCCGGCCUGGCACGCCCACAUCCAAUGCCAGCACAGAGACCCCCACCUCUGAGCAGAAUGACGUCGAUGAGGACAUCAUUGACGUGGAUGAGGAGCCAGUGGCAGCUGAGCCGGACUAUGUGCAGCCCCAGCUAAGGCGGCCCUUUGAGCUGCUGAUCGCUGCCGCCAUGGAGCGGAACCCCACCCAGUUUCAGUUGCCCAAUGAACUGACGUGUACCACCGCAUUACCAGGUUCUAGCAAGAGGAGAAGAAAGGAGGAAACCACAGGGAAAAACGUUAAAAAGACACAGCAUGAGUUAGAUCACAAUGGUCUUGUUCCCCUACCAGUCAAAGUCUGCUUCACAUGCAACAGGAGCUGCCGCGUGGCCCCUCUCAUCCAGUGUGACUAUUGCCCCCUCUUGUUCCACAUGGACUGCCUCGAGCCACCGCUCACUGCCAUGCCCCUGGGCAGAUGGAUGUGUCCGAAUCACAUAGAACAUGUGGUGCUGAACCAGAAGAAUAUGACGCUGAGCAAUCGGUGCCAGGUGUUCGACCGUUUCCAGGACACCAUUUCCCAGCAUGUGGUCAAAGUGGACUUCCUGAACCGAAUCCAUAAGAAGCACCCUCCUAACCGCCGUGUGCUCCAGUCAGUCAAAAGAAGAAGCUUGAAGGUUCCUGAUGCUAUCAAAUCUCAGUACCAGUUCCCACCCCCUCUCAUUGCACCCGCGGCCAUUCGGGACGGGGAGCUGAUCUGCAACGGGAUCCCUGAGGAAUCACAGACGCACCUUUUGAACUCUGAGCACUUAGCCACCCAGGCAGAGCAGCAAGAGUGGCUCUGUAGUGUUGUUGCGCUCCAGUGCAGCAUAUUGAAACAUUUAUCUGCUAAGCAGAUGCCUUCGCAUUGGGACUCUGAACAGACAGAGAAGGCUGAUAUUAAGCCUGUUAUUGUGACUGACAGCUCAAUCACCACCUCCCUGCAAACAGCUGACAAGGCACCUACACCUUCCCACUGCCCCUUGUCCUGCCCCUCAGGGAUUAGCACCCAGAAUUCCCUGAGCUGCUCUCCACCCCACCAGCCCCCAGCCCUAGAGGACAUCAGCUGCAGUUCUUGCGCGGAAAAAUCCAAGAAAGCCCCCUGCGGGACUGCCAACGGGCCAGUGAGCACAGAGGUGAAAGCCAAUGGCCCACACCUCUACAGCAGCCCCACUGAUUCCACGGACCCCCGGCGACUUCCAGGCGCCAACACCCCCUUACCAGGCCUCUCCCACCGGCAAGGCUGGCCCCGGCCCCUCACGCCACCAGCGGCCGGGGGGCUACAGAACCACACCGUCGGCAUCAUUGUGAAGACAGAGAAUGCCACUGGCCCCAGCUCUUGCCCCCAGAGGAGUUUGGUUCCUGUCCCAAGCCUGCCCCCUUCCAUUCCCAGCUCUUGUGCCAGCAUCGAGAACACCAGCACUUUGCAAAGAAAGACUGUCCAAUCACAGAUAGGACCUCCGUUGACAGAUUCAAGGCCACUGGGCUCACCCCCAAAUGCCACCCGGGUGCUCACUCCCCCCCAAGCAGCAGGAGAUGGUAUCUUGGCCACAGGAGCCAACCAGCGAUUCUGCUCACCAGCGCCAUCAUCAGAUGGCAAGGUCAGCCCCGGCACGUUAUCCAUAGGAAGCGCUUUAACCGUACCCUCUUUCCCAGCCAACUCUACUGCCAUGGUGGACCUCACCAACUCGCUGCGAGCGUUUAUGGAUGUUAACGGAGAAAUCGAGAUAAAUAUGCUGGACGAGAAGCUGAUCAAGUUUCUGGCCUUGCAGAGAAUACAUCAGCUUUUCCCCUCCCGGGUCCAAGCUUCACCGGGCAGUGUCGGGGCACAUCCGCUGGCUUCUGGAGGGCACCACACAGAAGCGCAAAGAAAGGAGGUACAGGCCCGAGCUGUGUUCUACCCUCUCUUAGGGUUGGGAGGAGCUGUGAGCAUGUGCUAUCGAACCCUCUACAUCGGGACAGGAGCUGACAUGGACGUGUGCCUUACAAAUUAUGGUCACUGUAACUACGUGUCCGGGAAGCACGCCUGCAUAUUUUAUGAUGAGAAUACCAAACAUUAUGAGCUGUUAAACUACAGUGAGCAUGGGACAACGGUGGACAAUGUGCUGUAUUCAUGUGACUUCUCUGAGAAGACCCCGCCAACCCCCCCAAGCAGUAUUGUUGCCAAAGUGCAGAGUGUCAUCAGGCGCCGCCGGCACCAGAAACAGGAUGAAGAGCCAAGUGAGGAGGCAGCCGCGAUGAGCUCCCAGGCCCAGGGCCCGCCACGGAGAGCCUGCAACUGCAAAGCCAGCAGCUCGAGCUUGAUAGGGGGCAGUGGGGCCGGCUGGGAGGGCACGGCCUUGCUGCACCACGGCAGCUACAUCAAGCUGGGGUGCCUGCAGUUCGUCUUCAGCAUCACCGAGUUUGCGACCAGACAGCCCAAAGGCGACGCGAGCCUGCUGCAGGACGGGGUCUUGGCCGAGAAGCUGUCUCUCAAACCCCACCAGGGCCCUGUGCUGCGCUCCAACUCCGUUCCCUAGGACGGGCGGCUACCCGUCCCCCGCCUGUCCGCCCAGCCCAAGACUCCUGCAAUGCAAAAAUGUACACACACCAAGCCCGGGUUUUUUCUAUACUCCACCAGAAACCCUUCAACUACAAUCUUUGCAUGAAAUGAAGAAAACCUUUUGACUGUUUUUUAAAAAUCCUUUUUCUUUUCUCAAGUUCUAGGGGGCAUUUGCACAUAUAUUUGUACUCAACAUUUCAUGGGAAGGCGGCAGACCCGAGCUGAGGAACAGCGUGGGCAGGGAGGGGAAGGCCGAUGGUCUGGACACUUCCUCCAACACGAAACCGUUCCCCACCCACCUCCUGCUCCCUCCCCCUCGCCCGCCGUUGUAAAAUAAUCAGAAACUUGUUCUAUUUUGUGGCAGUGACAAUAGUUUUAUAUUAAAAGAAAAAAUACAGUUUUCAUACAGCAAAAUCUA